ACGUAUGAGCAUAUCUAGACAGUUCUAAACCUGCAAUGGCGUCCACAAAAGAAGAAGAAGAAAGCUUCUGCUAUGCAAUGCAGCUGGUGACUUCCACCGUGCUGUCCAUGUCCAUGCAAUCAGCAGUUGAGCUCGGAGUUUUCGAUAUCAUAGCCAAAGCUGGUGUCGGUCCGGGUCUCUCCUCACCGGAGAUUGCAGCUCAGAUAGGUACCAAGAACCCCGAGGCUCCCGUGAUGUUGGAUCGGAUCCUCAGGCUACUGGCAAGCCACUCUGUGCUGAACUGCACUGUGGUUAAUGCUAAUGAUGAUGAUCAUGGUGAUGGACCUAAUUUUCUGAGGGUUUAUAGUCUUGCUCCUGUGUCCAGGUUCCAGUUGAAAGGUGCUGUUCUGGAAGGAGGAAUCCCAUUUAACAGGGUGUAUGGCACACAUGCCUUUGAGUAUCCAGGUUUGGACCCCAGGUUUAACCAAGUGUUCAACACAGCAAUGUUCAACCACACCACCAUUGUUAUCAAGAAGAUUCUUGAUCUCUACAAGGGUUUUGAGCACCUUGAGAAACUUGUUGAUGUCGGCGGUGGCCUUGGAGUGACUCUUAGCCUAAUCACUUCUAGAUACCCUCAUAUCAAGGGUAUCAACUUUGACUUGCCUCAUGUCAUCAAAGAUGCCCCUUCUUACAUUGGAGUGGAACAUGUUGGAGGAGACAUGUUUGCAAGUGUUCCAAGUGGGGAUGCCAUUUUCAUGAAGUGGAUACUUCAUGACUGGAGUGAUGAGCACUGCUUGAAGCUCCUGAAAAAUUGUUACAAUGCUAUACCAGACAAUGGAAAAGUAAUUGUUGUUGAAGCACUUCUUCCAGUUGUGCCUGAGACUAGCACUGCUGUGAAGAGCACCUCCCAAAUUGAUGUGCUUAUGAUGACACAGAACCCGGGAGGGAAAGAGCGGACCGAACAAGAAUUCAUAGCCUUGGCAACUGGUGCUGGGUUUCGUGGCAUCAGAUAUGAAUGUUUUGUCUGUAACUUUUGGGUUAUGGAGUUUUUUAAGUAGAUAGGAAGGCUUAGAAGCUUCUAUCAAUAUUAAAGAUACUCAAGCGGUCAAGCCUCAUCUAAGAUUCUGCAUUUAUGAAGUUCAUUGUUUGC